GCGGCGCGCACGCGCACGCCGUCCGCGCUCUCCUAACCGACAGCGGCAGCCGCGGCCGGUCGCAGCCGCCAUGUUGAUGCUGGGCCGGGGGCUGGAUGCCAGGGAUAAUCAGACCAGGCAAAUACGGGAAGCUGUUUCAAAUGUGGAAAAACAUUUUGGUGAAUUAUGCCAAAUAUUUGCAGCAUAUGUACGAAAAACUGCCAGGCUACGAGACAAAGCAGACCUUUUAGUAAAUGAGAUACAUGCUUAUGCAGCUACAGAAACACCAAAUUUAAAGCUUGGAUUGAAAACAUUUGCAGAUGAGUUUUCCAAGCUUCAGGAUUAUCGCCAAGCAGAGGUAGAAAGACUUGAAGCCAAAGUUGUUGAACCUCUGAAAUUUUAUGGGACCAUCAUAAAACUUAAAAGAGAGGAUCUCAAAGCAACAUUAACAGCUAAGAACAGAGAAGCAAAACAGUUAUCUCAACUUGAAAGGACCCGUCAACGAAAUCCGUCCGAUCGACAGAUUAUUUCACAGGCUGAAAGUGAAUUACAGAGAGCCUCUCUGGAUGCAACUCGAACAAGUCGGCAGUUGGAGGAAACAAUUGACAAUUUUGAAAAACAAAAAAUAAAAGAUAUUAAGAACAUAUUUUCAGAAUUCAUUACAAUUGAAAUGUUAUUUCAUGGAAAAGCCUUAGAGAUUUACACUGCUGCAUUCCAAAAUAUAAAAAACAUUGAUGAGAAUGAAGACUUAGAGGUAUUUCGGAGUUCACUUUACCCACCAGACCAUCAGUCCCGUUUGGAUAUUGUUCGUGCAAAUUCCAAAUCUCCCCUUCAGAGAACUGGUUCUUCCAGAACUUGUGCUGGAAUAGUUCAGAUUUCUAGGAAUCCCCUAAAGGAAGAGGAGGCAGAGGAAGAAGAGGAGGAAGAGGAGGAAGAUGAAGAAUUAGAAACCACUAAGGAGGAAAGAUAGCUCUUGCGACAACAAAAUAUUCCUCAAAUUAAAAAUGUUAAUUGUAUUUAUAUUUCAUGUUAAGACAUCAUAAGGACAGCCAUUAAAAUUACAGUAAAAAAGACGUUCAUUAUCUGACCACCUUAUGAUCUCUUAAUAGUAUAAAAUGUCAAAAAAAAGUUGCUAAAACAGUAGAUAUUUUUAAAAGUUGUGUCAAUUAUGAUAAUCAACCAUGAGGGAUUCACCAAGUUUCCUUGUUUUUUUAUGUUUUUCAGAAUAGAUGUUAUUCCCAUUGAUUAUCUGCUAACACAGGGGAGUGGAGUAUAUUUUCUUAUUUAUUAAACAAUAUAAGCAAUCAACCCCUAGUAACCAAAUAAAGUGACUUUCAUAACUUGGUCAGAUGUAUUAUAGAAUCCAACAGCUGUCAAAAAAAAUCUGUACACAAUGCUAUAGUCCUAAAAAACAAGUACCAGAAAGAUCUUGAUCAUUAAUCAUUUCCAGCCUUAUCUUCCAGCAUGCUGUAUGACUGGAGAGAGAUCAGUGAAGCCUGAAUGUAAUUUUGUCUGCCCAUCCUUAGCCAGACUCUUCCCCAGAAUCUAGUCUUCAGGGUUUAACUGAAUAUGCAUACUUGAUUUGCAACAGAAGCAAUGAGACUCAGUAUUAGAUGGUUUACUAAGCAACUUGAAUCUUUUUGACAAAAGACUCUUCGGCAUUUUGUGGUAUGUAAGUUGUAUUUUAGUCAAAAUUCGAACAUGAAUUUAGAAGAAAACGAUCUAAAUUUUCUUCUCAUUUCAUAAUCAGAAUUUCUGCAUUAACUAUGUAUUAGCAGCAAUCCUUUUAUUUUUAAGAUUUCUAUUAUAGGUUAUUACAUAUUUUGAAAAUAAAAUAUAUAUUCUCACCUUAAGUAUUUAUAAUCCUGUCUCAGUGAUUCUGAAACUGAAGCCCAUAGCACAAUAAUGAUGUUUUCUAACUAUACAAAACAGUUAAGUUUGAAACCAGAGAAUUAAAAAUAAGCAUUUACCUCCCAUCAACUGUAAUGAAAAUGCAGAUGUACAAACACCUAAAAUUGAACCAUAAUCUCUUUAUCUCAGUAACUAAAUAUCAGUUUAUACUAUACUGCCAAGAAUGUAUUAUCUUGUAAUAAAAUGAUUGAGCUUGCAAAUCA